AUACCCAAAUACAGAAAAUAAGAAAAAGAAGAAGAAGAGGAACAAAUAAUAAAGACAAAAGUUUAUUGCGUGAAAUAAAGAGAAAGAGUGAGAGAUAUAUUUGUGUGAGAGAGAGAGAGAGAGAGAGAGAGAGAGAGAGAAAAGAAAGAGAGAAAGAGAAAGAACAAUAAGAAAUGAGGGAAUGAGAAAGUCCUGUCACCGUAAACGAAUAUGUGAAAUAUGGAGAAAAUAUUCGCAUUUGUUGUGAUUAAAAUCAAUUCGUGAAAUAAAACAUGUUUAUCGUGUGAAGUUUAUAUUUCUUGUGACUGCUUAUCAUCUCUAUCGCGAUUGGAAUUUUCGCUUAAAAGAAAAGGAAGAGGGCGAAAAAGCAGCAGUACAAGUAUCAACAGCAAAGGCAACAGCAAGCAUCGAAAUUUUCUAUGUGUGCUCGUAUUUGUAUAUGUUAUUGUUAUUGCUGUCGUUGUCGUCGAGCUGUGUGUUGCUCACGUUCAGUUUUACCAUGUUUGAAUCAAUAUAUUAGAGAUUUGUGUAUAUAAUCGCUAAGUAUGCGAAUUACAUGUUUUCAAGCGUCACUUUUUUAUUGUUUGUUGCUGUCUUCUCUCAAACGGCCGCCACUGCGCGUUUUAGUUUCAUUUGAGUAAAUUGUUGUCUUUCUUGACGUCUGUAUUAGUUUGUUGUUUAAUUUAUACAAAUUUUGAUUUUAUAUCUAAUGUAAAAGUGUUGCUAAAAAAAAUUCGUCAUUUGUGUUUUUGUGAUGAGCAAUCUGAAAUAUUGGAAAACAUUCGUCAACUCUUUGAUUGCUCAUCGUGUAUAAUAUUUGAUACGUAGAAGAAAUUGAAUGAUUCUCAUUCAGUUUGUGUGGCUUUUUUUAUGCAAACGAAAAAAUAAUUGUGUGCAAUAAUUCAACAUCAUUUAAAAAAGGAAGCAAAAGUGAAAAGUGACUAAAGUGAUUUUACUGUAAACUGGCUUCCACAAAGGAUUUAACAUCACACAGGAAUUGAAAAUGAUAAAUUCGACGAAAAUACUCGCUGCAUCGAAAUAAAUUUGCAACGCGUGCAUGUGUGAUAACAUUGAUUCUCUCACUUGGCUUGCCAUGUGAACCGACGAAAAACAAAACGUUUCGAUACACUUUUCAAACGAAUCUUUUUGAUUGGAAUAAGAAGAAAAAAGAGUUCAACGUGCAAAUUGUCACACCACACAACACAUAACACACACACAAUCCAAAAACCAAAACGCACAAAUUAUAUGAUGCUUUUAGUUCAUUAUUCGAUGAACAUUUGAUUGAUUAUGACCGAAGCCAACGAUUAUGAUUUUGAAAAAGUCGACGAUUCGCUAAAAUGUUUGAAGGGGGUUUUGGUUGAUUCAUUGCGAACGGUCCUACAUCAAGUGCAUCCCAAUCUAUCAGCCGAGGAUGACGCACUAUCCCGCGUCGAAUGCCUUUGCAUUCGACUGCUGGGUAUGCUUUGUGCCAAACCACCACCGCACACGAUACAGGAUAUCGAGGAUCGUGUCGCCCGAACGUUACCCACACCAAUCGAUAAAUGGGCGCUCACCGAAGCUCGCGAUACCAUCGAUAAAUCGAAGAAGAAAAAAUUAGUAUUGCCAUUUAAUCAAAUUCAAAAUCUACUUCAAAAGGAGGUUCUUCAAUACAAAUUAGAUAGCUCGGUUUCGCUCUUUUUGGUGGCUGUAUUGGAGUACAUUGCAGCGGACAUUCUGAAUUUGGCUGGCAAAUUUGUGAUUAACAUUCGACAUCAGACCAUAUCUCAAGAGGAUAUUCGGAUUGCAUUGAUCGCCGACCGGGUGUUGAUGGAUAUGUUUUGUGAGAAGAAAAACAUUCCAACGAUUCCAUUACCAACCACACCACGAUCCAGUCUUACAUAUGAGGAUGUUGUCAAAGAGCUUAUUCACGAUGUUAAGCAGCAUCAACGUGAUUUGCACAUGAUCAUUUGGGUGUUUCGCGAAGAGUUAGCCAAAUGUGUCCGAGAUCCUAGGGAAUUAGACGCAAUUUUUCCACAUAUUUUUGACAUAUACGAUGUCACAGUCACACUAUUGGGCGCAUUGGAGGAUGUUAUUGAGAUGUCACAAGAACAGUCACCGCCCUGUGUUGGUAGUUGUUUUGAAGAGCUUGCCGAAGCGGCGGAGUUUGAUAUUUAUGAAAAAUACGCGGAGGACAUAACAUCCGCUGAAUGCAAAGAUGCUCUACAAAAUUUAGUAACUCAACAAGAUGCAAGUAAAUUGUCAUCGGCCGGCCAUGGAUUCAAAGAGGCAGUCAAAUAUUACCUACCCAAAUUGCUAUUGGCUCCGAUUUGGCAUGCGUUCAGCUAUUUUGAAUAUGUGCGGUCGCUGAUGGAUUUGAGUCCCAGUCAAGAGGAUCGCGAAGUGUUUGAACAAGUCCAAGGUCUACUUAGUCCACUCGAAACACGACUGAAAGAACACGUGGCCAAAAUUCCAAAAGACUCCUCAUUGCCAUACACUCAUCUGAAUGGACGAGCUCGACGUCAACUUUCUGUUGAGAAAACGAGGGAGCUCUUGAGUAGCGUCGAGCACUUUGGAGACAAAGAUGCCAUUGGUCAGAGUUACAAUGAAUACAUUCGAGAAGAUACGCUGCAAAAACUCAGUUCAGGCAAACGAAUAACUGAACGCAAAGUAUACUUAUUUGAUGGUGUACUGAUUUUAUGCAAACAAAUUCGCGGCAGAUCGGUCAAUCCAAACUCGAACGCAUACGACUACCGACAGAAAGAACGAUUCGUAAUGCGACGCGUUGAGAUUAUCGAUCGAAGUGACAACGAUGAUUUGAAAUACACAUUCGAAGUAUCGCCGCAACAAAAUCAAUCGAUUGUGUUGAUAGCGAAAUCUUUGGAGCACAAGAACGGAUGGAUGGCUGAUUUAGUGAUGGUGAAUACAAAAUCGAUGCUUGAUCGAAUUCUGGACAGUAUCCUGUUGGAUAUUGAGAAGAAACACCCGCUGAAACUACCUAAUCCAGAAGUUUAUAAAUUCGCAGUUCCUGACAGCUCCGAUAACAUUGUUCUGGAGGACAAAGAAACCGCAGCUGUGCCACUGAUCAAAGGAGCCACCCUCUGCAAAUUGAUCGAACGUUUAACGUAUCACAUUUAUGCGGAUCCAGCAUUUGUUCGGAUAUUUUUGACAACGUAUCGUUCAUUUUGUACACCACAAAAUCUGUUGCAGCUCCUAAUUGAACGAUACGAUAUACCCGAGCCAAACGUAGUUUACGAACAAGCGAAUGCAGACAAAGAUCUCGAGACUGAUAAAAUACACAAAAGCUCACAACGGGAAGACUGGAAACGAUAUAAAAAGGAGUACGUGCAACCGGUACAAAUUCGUGUAUUGAAUGUACUUCGACACUGGGUCGAUCAUCAUUUUUACGAUUUCGAACGAGAUCCGCAACUGUUAGAGCAACUUUUGAUAUUCCUAGAAACGGUCAACGGCAAGUCAAUGCGAAAAUGGGUCGAAUCUGUUCUGAAAAUCGUACAACGGAAACAGGAACAAGAAGAGAAUCACAAACAAAUCACCUUUGCUUAUGGCAAUAGUCCGCCAGCAAUUGAACAUCACCUACAAGUUCCCGAAUCAGAAAUAAACCUGCUGACACUGCAUCCGCUGGAGCUGGCGCGUCAGUUGACUAUACUGGAAUUUGAGCUCUACAAAACGGUGAAACCUUCCGAGCUCGUCGGUUCGGUUUGGACAAAACGUGAUAAGGAAAUAACUAGUCCCAAUCUUCUACGGAUGAUAAAACAUACCACAAAUUUUACCAAUUGGAUCGCAAAGUCAAUACUCGACGCAGAGAAUUUUGAGGAGCGUGUCGCGAUGCUGAAUAGAGCCAUCGAAGUGAUGAUGGUUUUAUCAGAGCUCAACAAUUUCAAUGGCGUAUUGUCGGUGAUGGCAGCCAUUGACAGUGCGGCCAUUUAUCGGUUGAAAUUCACAUUCCAACGGUUGUCAGAGCGAUAUCGAAACUUUCUAGAGGAGUGUCGUGAAUUGAGCAAAGACCAUCUGCGUCGUUACCAAGAGAAACUGCGGUCUAUCAAUCCACCAUGUGUCCCAUUUUUCGGCAUGUAUUUAACGAAUAUUCUGCAUAUCGAGGAAGGUAAUCGAGAUGAGUUGCAAAACACAGAACUGAUUAACUUUUCGAAGCGUCGAAAAGUUGCCGAUAUCAUAGCGGAAAUCCAACAAUACCAGAACCAACCAUAUUGCCUGAAUAUCAACGCGAAAAUUAAAAGCUUCCUUGAGAAUCUGGAUCCAUUCAAAGGAAUGAGCAAUGCGGCUAUAUUGGACUUUGUAUUCAAAGAAAGUGAACGACUGGAACCGAAAUACGCAAAGCAGCCAAUUAAAUUCCAAAAAAAGUGGCGUGAUGUACCAUUAAAAUCACCUGGAAUAAAACCAAAACAAGAGUCCAAAUCAAAAUCAGGAGGAGCGUUCCAUUUUGGCAAUGAAAAUAAGGUAUGUGGCAGAAGCAGUGCAAGCGUCAACGUAAGUGAUAAUGAACAAUCACCAAAGAUAUACGACUCUUCAACGACUCUUCUACUCACUCCAAAACAGUGCAAGGAAGAGGAUACAAAGUUCGAAGGACAAGAGCUGAUUACACUGAAAAUAUCUCAAAUGAGACAAGCAUCCGAUGCACCCACUUUAUUUCCACGCAACGCAUCACCAGCACCACCAAUUCCGACAAGAGAAUGGAAGCAUUUUGCAAUGGACGUCGAACAAAGUCUUUAUCGACUCUCCCUUCAACUACCCAAUACUAGCACAAUCAUGAUGCGCAGAAAUUUGACGCCAACACCAAGACAUUCGGCGGAUGAUGUGGGUUCAACAUCGUACAGUACAGGAUCAGUUGAAAAACCAAUUGAAUAAACCUCCACACGUACAUAUACAAUACAGUGCGCAAAAAAUGUUUUCGGCCACCUCUUUUUUUGCAAUAAAUUUGAUUUUGACAGAAAACUAUGACGUGUAGCUCCAAAAAUU